CUCCGGGGGCAACUUCUCCCAAGGCGGGAGGCGCUUCCUACUCGCCUCCCUUUCUCCCAUCUUGGGCAAACUACUCGGCCCUGAAUGAAUUUUCCUCAAGCGGAUAUUUCCCUCAAACGGGGAGGUUGAGCUGGGCAGACGAUGCUGGACACGAUGGAGGCGCCGGGCCACUCGAGGCAGCUGCUACUGCAGCUCAACAACCAGCGCACCAAGGGCUUCUUGUGCGACGUGAUCAUCGUGGUGCAGAACGCCCUCUUCCGCGCGCACAAGAACGUGCUGGCGGCCAGCAGCGCCUACCUCAAGUCCCUGGUGGUGCAUGACAACCUGCUCAACCUGGACCAUGACAUGGUGAGCCCAGCCGUGUUCCGCCUGGUGCUGGACUUCAUCUACACCGGCCGCCUGGCCGACGGCGAGGAGUGCGCGGAGCUGUACGCCUCGGGGCCGGGCCCGGCCGCCGCGCUCUGCGUCCCGGAGCGCCGCUGCUCCCCGCUCUGCGGCCUGGACCUGUCCAAGAAGAGCCCGCCGGGCUCCGCGGUGCCCGAGCGGCCCCUGGGCGAGCGCGAGCUGCCCCCGCGCCCGGACAGCCCUCCCGGCGCCGGCCCCGCCGCCUACAAGGAGCCGCCCCUCGUGCUGCCGCCGCUGCCGCCGCUGCCCUUCCAGAAGCUGGAGGAGGCCGCCGCGGCCCCGGACCCGUUCCGCGGCGGCAGCCCGGGCCCCGAGCUCCCUCCGGGGCGCCCCGACGGGCCCAGCCUUCUCUAUCGCUGGAUGAAGCACGAGCCAGGCCUGGGCAGCUACGGCGACGAGCUGGUCAGGGAACGCGGCUCCCCCAGCGAGCGCUGCGAGGAGCGCGGCGGGGACGCUGCCCUCUCGCCCGGGGGCCCCCAGCUCGGCCUGGCACCGCCACCGCGCUAUCCUGGGAGCCUGGACGGGCCGGGCGGAGCCGGCGACGGCGACGACUACAAGAGCAGCAGCGAGGAGACCGGCAGCAGCGAGGACCCUAGCCCGACCGGCGGCCACCUGGAGGGCUACCCGUGCCCGCACCUGGCGUACGGCGAGCCGGAGAGCUUCGGGGACAACCUGUACGUGUGCAUCCCGUGCGGCAAGGGCUUCCCCAGCUCGGAGCAGCUCAAUGCGCACGUGGAGGCGCACGUGGAGGAGGAGGCGCUGUAUGGCCGGGCCGAGGCGGCAGAGGUGGCGGCCGGGGCCGCUGGCCUAGGGCCCCCUUUCGGUGGCGGCGGGGACAAGGUGGGUGGAACGCCGGGCGGCCUGGGCGAGCUGCUGCGGCCGUACCGCUGCGCGUCCUGCGACAAGAGCUACAAGGACCCCGCCACGUUGCGGCAGCACGAGAAGACACACUGGCUGACCCGGCCCUAUCCUUGCUCUAUCUGCGGGAAGAAGUUCACGCAGCGCGGGACCAUGACGCGCCACAUGCGCAGCCACCUGGGCCUCAAGCCCUUUGCGUGCGACGCGUGCGGCAUGCGCUUCACGCGCCAGUACCGCCUCACGGAGCACAUGCGCAUCCACUCGGGAGAGAAGCCCUACGAGUGCCAGGUGUGCGGCGGCAAGUUCGCGCAGCAACGCAACCUCAUCAGCCACAUGAAGAUGCACGCCGUGGGCGGCGCGGCGGGCGCGGCCGGGGCGCUGGCGGGCCUCGGGGCGCUGCCCGGCGUGCCAGGCCCCGACGGCAAGGGCAAGCUCGACUUCCCGGAGGGCGUCUUUGCCAUGGCCCGCCUCACGGCCGAACAACUGAGCCUCAAGCAGCAGGACAAGGCGGCGGCGGCCGAGCUGCUGGCGCAGACCACGCACUUCCUGCACGACCCCAAGGUGGCGCUCGAGAGCCUCUACCCGCUGGCCAAGUUCACCGCGGAGCUGGGCCUCAGUCCCGACAAGGCGGCCGAGGUGCUCAGCCAGGGCGCGCACCUGGCCGCCGGGCCCGACGGCCGGACCAUCGACCGUUUCUCUCCCACCUAG